AAAUAAACAAAACAAGCAAGCAAAUUGAAACCCACUGCCUUUUGCCCCUACUGUGAAUCCUUCUUCUUCUCCCUUUUCCCUCCUGUGCUUUUGCCUCCCUCUCUCUCCUCCUCUCCUUCUUUAACUCUUCACUCCCAAGGCUUCUCACUCCUCCACGGCUCUGCUCUGCUGAUUCUCCUCUCUGACAUCUCUCAAUCCAGUCUGUUUGUAGCUGAUGCUUGAUCUGAUAGGGUUUGGAUUCCUGGCAUUCUUGUAAAUCAAAACCCCACGCUAUUCUUCGGAGCGUACUGAAGCUAAAUGAAAUUGAACUAGGAGGUUUUUCGGAUUUCUGGGGUUUUUUUCACUAAGAAUUUCAAUUGGGCAUGGUGAGUAAGGAGGAUGCCUCCGCUACUUCACGGCCACCAGCCCAGCUUUCGAGCUCUCGGAAGAUGUUCUGGCGCUCAGCGUCGUGGUCUGCUUCACGGACCAACCCUGAGACUGAGGAAAGAGACAUAGCGGAUCCAAAUGUCAUUGUAGGAAACAGUGUCCAAAACCAUCGUAGGUUUCCUGUACCCUUAACCCCUCGGUCCCAGCAGAAUAGCAAGGUUAAGUCUGGUUUGCCCCCCUUGCAAUUGCCCAUCGCUCGGCGUAGCUUAGAUGAGUGGCCCAAGGCGGGUUCAGACGAUAUUGGUGAGUGGCCACAACCUCCUACUCCGAGUGGCAGAAGUAGUGGGGAGAGGUUGAAGCUUGAUUUGUCAACGAUUCAGCGAAACCCUGAAAAGAAUUGUGGACUUGUGAGGAGGGAUAAGAUUGCUUUCUUUGAUAAAGAGUGUUCCAAAGUGGCUGAACACAUUUAUCUUGGCGGAGAUGCUGUUGCAAGGGACAGGGACAUACUUAAGCAGAAUGGGAUCACACAUGUUCUGAAUUGUGUGGGUUUUGUUUGUCCCGAGUAUUUCAAGGCGGAUUUUGUGUAUAGAACUCUAUGGUUGCAAGAUAGUCCGACUGAAGAUAUUACAAGUAUUCUAUAUGAUGUUUUUGAUUACUUUGAAGAUGUGAGGGAACAAGGUGGAAGAGUUUUGGUUCAUUGUUGUCAAGGUGUGUCUCGGUCCACAUCAUUGGUGAUUGCGUAUCGUAUGUGGAGGGAAGGACAGAGUUUUGAUGAUGCAUUUCAAUAUGUGAAGGCAGCAAGAGGUAUUGCUGAUCCAAAUAUGGGUUUUGCUUGUCAGUUAUUGCAGUGCCAAAAGAGGGUCCAUGCUUUCCCUCUUAGCCCAAGUUCACUAUUGCGGGUGUACAGAAUUGCCCCCCAUUCACCAUAUGAUCCUUUGCAUCUUGUUCCAAAAAUGUUGAAUGAUCCUUCGCUGUCUGCCCUGGAUUCUAGAGGUGCAUUUAUUGUUCAUAUACCUUCUGCCAUAUAUGUUUGGAUUGGUAAGAAUUGUGAGGCCAUCAUGGAAAACGAUGCAAGAGGGGCAGUUUGUCAGAUCGUUCGGUAUGAGAAAGUGCAAGGUCCAAUAACAAUAAUCAAGGAAGGGGAAGAACCAGUUUAUUUUUGGGAUGCUUUUUCAAACAUUUUACCUUUGAUGGAUAGGUCUGGCAAUGAAGGGGAGGCUGGGGAGUCAAUAGUUAAGAUUCGCCCGGGUGAAAGGAAAUCAGACAUAUAUAAUAUUGAUUUUGAAAUUUUCCAGAAAGCUAUUAGUGGUGGUAUUGUACCUCCAUUUGCAUCCUCGGAGAACGAACACGAAACCCAUCUUCCUGCUAGAGAGAGCAGCUGGAGUGCCCUCAGGCGUAAGUUUGCCUCUGGCAAUAUGAAGGACUUUGUGUCAGCACCCAGGAUAUCCCUCUCCAGGGUCUAUUCAGAUUCUAGGAUAUUAGUUCAUUCAGCUAAAAAUUCGUCAUCACCUUUAUCAGCGUCCUCUUCAUCUUCAUCAUCCUCUUCUUCUUCACCUCCAUAUCUUUCACCAGAUUCCAUCUCUUCUGAAUCAAGCACUAAUUCAAAGUACUUUUCAGAAUCCUCUACGGAUUCACCAUCUGCAGCUUCAUGCUCUCUUCCAGUAUCUUCAAUGUUGUCAGAUGAUUCUGACAUGUCUCUCCUCUCAGCUAAACCAUCAGAUCAGCCCAUGUCUAACACUCUAGAAAAUGUUGUUUCCAGUUGUAGUUCACAGCCCUAUUCUAGAUCAAUCUCAUUACCAUCUAAAAAAAUUUCUUCGUCGCUUGCAGAGCGCAGAGGUAGUUUGUCUCUUAAAUUACCUGUAAUGAGUGAUGAGAUGAGGCUGAUGAGUACUACGUCAAAAUUUCUUCCCAGUAAAGAAGAUGGUGUUAGGAUAAACAACAAUACUUGUUCUGUAGGCCAUGUAGAUAAUAUUGACAAUGCUGUAGAGUCGAAGGAUGAUGUUCAAAAUGAAGGGGGAGAUUCAACACAUCAAUGCAACAAAUCCCCGCAUUGGGGAGAUAGCAUUGGCUUAUGCCAGAAGGAAGCUUCUUUCAUUAAACAUUCCACUAAGGCUUGGAACCCUUUGGGUGAAGGUACAGAAUUCUCUGCCUCAAAGGAGAUUGUGGAAAGUUGUCCAGCGCAAUGCAAUUUUAUGCAACCUUUUGUGUGCCACUGGCCCAGUUUAGAGAAGAUAGCAGCAUUUGGUGUGAGAGAAUUAGAUUCUAAAGCUGCUUACACUAUUUUCUCACCAAACACAGGCUUUGAAAAAAGUGAAGACAGGGUUUUGUACCUCUGGGUGGGGAAAUUUUUCGACAAUGAUAAGUUUUCCAUUCAAUUAGCUAGUGGCAGAGAGAGAACUGAUGUAGAAAAGACUGACUGGGAUCAAGUUGGUUUUCAUGUUCUUAUCCAAAUGGGUCUGCCAAAGGAUACAAUCAUUAAGAUUGUUAAAGAAAAUGAAGAACCAGUGGAGUUUCUUGAAUUAUUGAGCCGGUUGUAGUGCCAGUGCAAUUAAGGAGAGAAUCUUUAUAGUCCUCUUGCCCAAUUCAAUUUUCUGUUUCUCCAGCUGACUUAAUUUGCAGUCCAACAUUUUCCAGGCAUCAGUAUAACACCGGCGGCUAAAACAUUAAGGACGCCGCUCUCUCUACACUUAACCGCCUUGUUGCUAAUCUCGACUGGUUGUACAGUGACUUAACACCCGCCCGCCGCCCGGUAACUCAUAAUCAGAUUUUUCUUGUAUAUUCACUACUACAAGGAUCAAAUCCUGAAUGCCUUCAACGGCAAACUAGCAAUUUAGAUUAAACGUUCCAUUCGACAUGCUCUCUCUCUCUCUCUCUCUCUCUCUCUCUCUCUCUCUCCAAAGAAAGAAAUAGUUGUAAGUUGUAACCAUUUGAUUUUGCUUCAGUAUAUAUUUUUCUGGAAUAAAAGAUAGAGCCAACUUAACUA